CGAAGAGGGAUCAUGUAAGGCAUCACAACAAUACGAAAACAAAAAGGAUGAAAAGAGAGGGAGAGCAACUUUAGAGAUGUGGCUUUAUUUUAGGAACUGGCCGCUCAUCCCACCUUGUUGUCCUACGCGACCGACAACGGCAGAGGGAAUGCUUGUUGUGGCGUAAAACUAUUCCAUCGCCGCCGAUUUGGAAUCGGAGCCCACGGUGGAGGAAGGUUGCCUCCCGAAGCCUUGACGCCUGUAUGAAUGCUGCAUCCAUUAGUCGGACAAGCAGCAGCUUGGAUCACCGAGAAGAGCGCGAAUGGGAAUGUUGCUCCAAGAUCUGAUGCCAUUCACUUUAAGUUGCUGGCCUUUUCUCCUCGGUCAUUGCCUUCUCUCGCUUCUUUUACUCUCUUGCCAGGGAGAACUUCAGAGGUCAUGCUCGCGGACCGUGGCAGAGAAAGUUAGCCAACAGUGCCAGCUGGCGUGCCAAUGUAGAAGAUACCCGCCCCUUCCCCCGCCGCCGCCUCCGCCACCUCCCCCGCGGCUACAGGGCGCUACAGUGGCAGAACCUAUGGUGCCCUUAGUGAGACCCUGGUGGACGGACAUGGACUUUAUAGUGCUAGGAACAGUAGGCUGUGCCUCAGCCCUCUUCCUACUCUCAGCUAUCAUCAUCUGUUACAAGGCCAUCAAGAGGAAACCUCUGCAUAAAGAAGAAAAUGGGACAAGUCGUGGGGAAUACGCCAUGAGCAUCCGCGCCAAGAAGACCAUGGGUACAAACAACACUGUGGUAUAGACUUUUAAAGACUCCAGCUCGGGGCAGGAAGUGACAGCAGUCAUCAUUUUCCACCUCUCCCCCUUCCUUCCGUCAAUGAGCAACCUCUUCUCACCCAGAAUGCAACAAAGGCUGUCAAACUGCUGAAGACAAGAUGGACGCAAACGCCACAAAGGCAAGGAAGGCGGGCGCCCGUCCUGCUUUGUGGCGUUGAAAAGCGUCCCAGCAGGCUGAACAAGUCUUGCUGACAGGCUGCGACCGUGGGCCAGUCGGUCUGCCACCUCAUCCAGACCUCACGCUCUCAUCACAUGAGCCAUAGAAGCGCAGACAAUAGAGCGGCCCUGAUGUUGGGUCAGCCCAUCACACAAUAAAUAACGUGCAUGCACUUUUUUUCAGAGAAUGCAACCUUUUCUUUAUUAUUGCCUCCAUUUUUCUUUCUGCAUUUUGGAGACUUCCAGGGGCACGAUGUGACUGUCACUCCUGGCUCUGGGGCGUGUGCUCAUAUGACUAUGCAAUUUAAAGAAAUUCGUAUUUUGAACAAAACAAAACAAAAAGACAAAAAGAGGAGAUGACUUCAUCAAGGUCUCAUUGUAUCAUACUUCAGUCAUUCGUCUAUUUAUUUUCUCUAUUUAUUUUUGUACUUGAACAAAAAGAUAUUGUACAGUCCUCAAGUUUAAUUUCUUCAUGUUUUUCUUAAAGUUAAUUAUUUAUAAGCGAUGUAAUUACGCUGUGGGUUUAGUCGAGACACUGAUGCAGAAAAGGCGCUUGGCAUUGAGUUGUUUGUCUGCGUGUGUGUUUGAUAUGCUUUUAUGUUUUGUUAAAUGUCAGGGGUCUCUAUGGCGUGCUGAGGUGAAUGGGACUUACUUCCGUGCCGCGUCACACGCUCUGAAGUCAACUCAGUCCAAGUCCUCCCUUACCAGCACAGUGGAAGCUCUAAAGUUGAACAGUUUGUACUAGGAUGCGGGUUGACCUCUGAUUUGUUUAAACUGUUUUCCCAAUAAGAAAUGAUGGAAUUGUUCAGUUCCAGGGUCAAACUGAUGCCAUCAUAAACAUGUGUUAACUGCAUGGGCCAGGUGUGUCCAAAGUGUCGACCAGGAACUAACUGAUGUUGAUUCGUGCGGUCAGGGUAGGUAAAUUAAGCAGAGCCAAUAUAAUAAUAAUAAUAAUAAUACAUCAAAUAAAUAGUAAUAUAUUUUCAUUAAACUGUGUUAUACAUGUAUUUUCUGUACGAUUGCAUUUUUUUAAAGUAAAAAUCUAAACGUGCACAUUUCUUGAUCAUAUAAAUGCCAAAUUUUGUGCAGCGCGCAAAGUCCUAAAUGCUAUGACCAAAUACAUCAUAGAAACCAGACAAGGCAGUGCCUAAUAUUACUUGUCUCAUUUAGUGCAUUCACAAGUAUUUUUGUCUGCUUUACAGCAUAAGCAGGUGUCAUGUAUUCACAAUUUUAACAUUUUUGUCACAGUGUUGCCACUGUAACAUUUCCGGCAGAAACAUUUUUACUCAAUGACUUUCUACGCUGUGAAAUCUGCAGCCUGUGUAAUGUAUUUCAUGUAAGUGUGACAUUAUUAUCAUUGCAAAUAUCACUAUAAAUACAGAAAAAUCCUACUGAGGGGUGCUGUAGUAAUCUUAGCUGCCUCACACACUUAGUCAGUAUGAAUUGGAGUGUUGUACGCGAUCUAACAGGCGUUACUCAGACAAAAUACACUGAAUAUAUUUUAACGCUCUGCUGAUUGAAUGAAUGAAUUUGAGUAGCAAGA